GACCCAGAGAGCUCAGUGUUCGUUCACGGUUUGUGGUGUAGGAUCUGCUAACGUGGCGGGUUCAUGUGUAUUUCUCGAACGCUGCUUCAUAUUUUACUUUUGGCUUCUAAAGGACGUUAAAUCGAAUACAAAGGCCUGUCUUCGAGACCUAUGGCGAGUCUAGCAUCACUCCUGUCGUCGAUAGACCUGUCGACAUCAUGGGGAGCCUCCCACCACGCCUCCUUCAGGAGCGGCCUCACUAACCUGUCGGGGAUCUACGCGGAGGACGCUGCACGAUGGUCCGACAACCUCGCAGGAAUCCGCGGCCUUGAGGAGAUUGUCCGCCUCAAAAACGUCUUAUUGAAUCUCUCCCAAGAUUUAGAAGCGCUGAGCGAAGAACCACGAGGUCACCAAAAUCGGCGUGGCGAUCCCGUAGACUCAAACGGCCUUAGAGCUGGAGAUCCGCAAGGUAGGCGUGAAGAUCCCGUAGAUUUACGCGGACGUCGGCGUUCAGGUGACGACUCGUUGGGAAGCAAAACGAGGGGAAUCAGGUCACCACAAGUCUCAGGUCGUCACCCUUACUUCCCCCCGGCUAUGAUGAGACAGAUGGCCAUGUCCCUCCCGCAGUUAAACAAGAAUACAAGAUACAGGACCGACCGCCCGUGAUCUUCGUCCCCGAGGAGAAGCCCGAAUGCGUCAAGUCAGGCCAAAUGUCCUCCUUCGGCUUCCUCUCCUUCGCUCUCGCCAUCGCCAACAUCGUCAUCAACGUGGCGUCAUGGUCGGUCGCCGCCUUCAACGCCUCCUACAGCUUAAACAGCGCCUUCAAGAGCACGUGAGUCGGAGCCAGCGCAGAUCUCGCCGCUCGACUCAACCCUUGCAGCACUCGACGGGGCUUUGGGCGUGUCCAGGAGCCGGCGAAUCGUUCAAGAUCCGGGGCCUGCUGGCGGUCGCGGCCCUGCUCGAGCUCUGGCAGGAGGCGGCGACGGAGGACGAUACUCAGUGCGUCGCCAGGAGGUAUUGGGGAGUCGGGUUUUCGGAACGAAUGUUUAUGCAAGUUUGGAUGAUGUCGAGAAAAGGUGGGAGUUUCUGCGCCGCCUCGAGCCACCUCAGUCAGGCAGGGGGCGUGGCUUCCGCGGUGGGCGUGGUGGGGAUGCGAGCCGCCGCCCACCUGCUGGCCGAAGAGAAGGGCGUAAGCGAAGACACCCUGGCGUGGGCGGCCUCCCAAGGGCGGAGCGACCCGACGGCAUGUGGGCGGGCGUUUCCAGGCUGCCGGAAACGCGGAGGGGAAGUGGGACGAGGGAGGGUGUUGGGAGAUUAA